UCUCGCGCGUCUCAGUGCCGGUUCAGCGGCUCAAUUGUCGAGGUGGGUGGCGCGCAGGGCAUGUCACAGUAGUUAGCGACAUGCCGCUCUUCCCGUCGCUGCUCUUCCUCCUCCUCUUUCAAGAUUCGAGAGGCGAGACGCGCGGACCGGUGUUGGUGCUAGAGCCGCCGCAGAAGCUGGACUUCUCCAACUCGAGCGGCGGCUGGCUGGACUGCUCGGCGGCCGGGCAGCCGGCGCCGACAAUCACGUGGCUGGCGGCCGACGGCUCGCCGGCGGCCGAGGUGCCCGGCGUGCGACGCCUCCUGCUCAACGGCACGCUCCACCUGCUGCCCUUUCCCGCGGCCGCCUUCCGACAGGACGUGCACAGCACAACCUACCGAUGUCUCGCGGAAAAUCCGGCAGGACGUGUCAUCAGCCGCGCCGUCCAAGUCAGGGCAGUGGUGUCGCAGGCGUACCAGGCGCUGGCUGAGGCUGUGCCCGCCGUGAGAGGGUGCACGGCCAUCCUGAGGUGCGUGCUGCCCAGCUUCGUGAAGGAGUUCGUGCGCAUCGUGUCGUGGCUGCAGGAGCCCUCUUUUUACAUCUACCCCUCCAUGCAAGGCGACGGCAAGUUUCACAUGCUGCCGACGGGCGAGCUGUUGAUCCACGGCGUCGACAGCAGCGACCAGUUUCCCAGCUACAGGUGCAGGACCAUGCACAAACUCACCAGACAAGUCGUCACCAGCAGCUCCACACUCAUCAGGUUCAUGCCAGAAAACCGGAUGCCCGUUCCGCCGCUGAUCGUGGAGCACAGCUCGAGCGUGCACGUGAUGCAGGACGAGGGCGCCGUGCUGGUGUGCGCCGCUCAGGGUUGCCCCGCGCCAGACAUUCGGUGGUUCAGGGUGCCGAGUUCAGGUCGGCAGGCGUCGCCGAUCGGCGAGUCUGGGGGCCGCGUGCGGGCCGUGGGCCCGUUGCUGAAGCUGGAGGGCGCCGGCCCCGAGGACGCCGGCCUCUACCGCUGCCAGGCGAACAACUCUGCCGGCGCCGCCGGCGCCGAGCUGCGGCUGCAGGUGUCGGCGCCGCUGAUGGUGAGCCUGGCGCCGGGCGUGCAGACCGUCGAGCUGGGCGCCGCCGCCGAAUUCCACUGCGAGGCGUCGCCCGAGGACGCCGUCGCCGGCCUCACCUGGCUCAAGGACGGCCGCCUCGUGGCCGCCGGCACCGGCCGCCGCCUCGUCGUCCGGCCCGUCCGAAGGGAGGACAAGGGCAUGUACCAGUGCGUCGCGCGCUCCGACGACGGCGCCACAGCGCAGGCCGCCGCAGAACUCACCCUUGGAGACGCGCCACCGUCGAUGCUGUACAGCUUCAUCGAGCAAACAAUGCAGCCGGGCCCGUCGGUGUCUCUCAAGUGCAGCGCGGCGGGAAACCCAACGCCCAGCAUCGAGUGGCGGCUCGACGGCUUCACCCUUCCUCCCACGGACAUCGCAAAUAGGAUGCACAUCGGGCAGUACGUGACGGUGCACGGAGACGUGAUCAGCCACAUCAACAUCAGCCACGUGUCGGUGGAGGACGGCGGCGAGUACUCGUGCACGGCGACGAACCGGGCGGGCAGCGCGUGGCACGCGGCCCGCCUCAACGUCUACGGGCUGCCCUACGUGCGCACCAUUCCCAAGGUGACCGCCGUCGCCGGCGAGACGCUCUACAUCAAGUGUCCGGUCGCCGGAUACCCCAUCGAGGACAUCAGAUGGGAACGCAACGGGAGGGAGCUGCCGGUGGAUUUGCGUCAGAAGGUAUUUCCCAACGGCACGCUGUCGAUAAGGCACGUGCAGAAGCCGACGGACGCGGGCAUCUACACGUGCACGGCGCGCAACAAGCAGGGCAUCAGCUCGCGGCGCAACGGAGAAAUCACCGUGAUCGUUCCGCCGAGCAUUGAGCCGUUCUCGUUCCAAGAGGGCCUGUCCGAGGGCAUGCGGACGCGGCUCGUUUGCGGCGUGUCGAGCGGCGACGCGCCCAUUUCCGUUACCUGGCUCAAAGACGGUGCUCCCAUUGCCAAUGACAAUCUAGUCAACGUGUCCACCCUUGACUCCUUCUCUAGCUUGCUCAAUAUCAAACAACUCGUGGCUCACCACUCGGGCGAUUACACUUGCGUCGCCUCCAACCUGGCCGCGGUUGUCCGCUUCACGGCCACUUUGAGCGUCAAAGUGCCUCCGAAGUGGGUGGUGGAGCCGGUGGACACGAACGCGCCCAGGGGGCGGCACGUUAUGAUCCAGUGCCAGGCGGACGGCGUGCCCGCCCCGACAAUCACUUGGAAGAAGGCCAGAGGCAGUAAAUCUGGCGACUAUGAAGAAUUGCGUGGCGGAUCGUCGUGGGGCGGUCAGUUCAAACUGUUGAGCAACGGCUCGUUGCUUCUGCAGCACGUCAAGGAGGAGCACGAGGGCUUCUAUUUGUGCCAGGCCAGCAACGGAAUCGGCGAGGGCAUCGGCAAAGUCAUCCAGCUGCACGUCAAUUCUGCGCCUUACUUUGCGGUGCAGUCCAAGCUGGUGUCGGUGCGCAAAGGGGAAACCGCCGAACUGCGGUGCGACGUGAGCGGCGACGCGCCCAUCAACGUCGUCUGGCUCAAGGGAAAAGAAAUCGUGGCCGCCUCCAGCAACUACAGGUACAACACGAAACAAGAGCUGAUCCCGUCAGGGGUGUCGUUUGGUCUGCAAAUAAUGUCGGCGGAGGGUUCGGACGCCGGCUCUUACUACUGCCAGGCGACCAACGUUUAUGGCAGAGACCAACAACUCGUGCAGCUCGCCGUCCAAGAGCCGCCGGCGAGUCCGUCUGCCGUCGAGGUGGUCAUGCUCAACAGCCGCUCGGCCAGCGUGCAGUGGAAGCCAGGCUCGGCCGGUGACGUCACGCAGUACUUCAUCCAGUACGUCCAGGAGGGCAUCCCCUGGGAGCAGGCCAGGGUCAACACCGUCUCAGGGGGCGCCAACAGCAUCGUCCUCGAACCACUCCAGCCAGCCACUAGGUACGUGGUGAGGGUGACCGCGCAAGGUCCAGCGGGUCGCAGUGCUCCGAGCCCUGACCUCAGGUUCACAACGCAGGCGCAGAAGCCGGCAGGUCCGCCGUUGCAGGUGAGCGUGACGCCGCUGUCGUCGACCACCCUGGUCAUUUCGUGGUCGCCGCCGCGGCAGGAGCUGCAGCACGGCACCAUUUCCACCUACAAUGUCGGACUCAAACUCGCCAGCGGAAUGCUAUUUUUCAGCGGCGCUUCCAACGGCUACAACUUCACGUCGGUGCCCGUGGACACGGAGGAAGGUCGCGGCACGCUGCUCGUGUCCAAUUUGCGCAAGUUCAGCCGCUACCUCGUGGUGGCGCAGGCCAUCAACCAGGAAGGCGCUGGCCCGCUUUCCGAACCCGUCGCGGCCACCACCCUCGAGGACGUUCCGUCGAAGGCGCCGCAGGAGGUGCGUUGCGUGGCGCUGUCGCCGCAGUCGGUGCAGGUGAGUUGGCAGCCGCCGCCGGCGGCCAACGUGCACGGCCUGCUGCAGGGCUACAAACUGGUCUACGAGCUGUCCGAGCCGGCCGCCGCGCACUCGAAUUCGCCGCCCGAGAGCCGGCAGACGACGGCGCUCACCAUCGUGCUGCAGGGCCUCGCCAGGCACUCAAACUACACCGUCCAGGUCGCCGCCAUCACCGGCGUCGGCGACGGACCUCUCAGCCGACCCGUCGUCUGUAGGACCGCCGAGGACGUUCCCGGUGCUCCAAGGGACAUCAAAGUGCUUCCGAGCGGGCCGCAGAGCCUGUUGGUUUCGUGGAUGCCACCCUCCACCCCUCGCGGCUCAAUCACCGGCUACACCCUGCACACGAGACUUCUCCUCCCUGGCACACAGCAGGCCCCUCCUGAGCUGCAGCCGUCGCCUCGCGCGCUUCCCCCGGGAGCCAACAGCUUCGAGCUGACGGGUUUGCGAAGCGGCGUGGAGUAUCAGUUCUGGGUGAGCGCGUCCACCAGGGUGGGCGACGGCCCCGGCUCUCGAAUCGUCUCAGCCAUGCCCAACGGCCGGGUCGGGGCGAAAAUCGCGUCGUUCGGGCAGCAAAUGGUGCAGCCGUGGCGGACGUCGGUGACGCUGCCGUGCGUGGCCGUCGGCCUGCCCACCUUCAGCCGCGAGUGGUCCAAAGGCACCAGUCUGCUGUCCCGCGACGAGGCCUCCAGGGCCUACGUGACCGAGAGCGGCGCCCUGCGCAUCGACAGCCUCACCAGGGACGACGAGGGCAACUACAGCUGCCACGUGCACAACUCCGAGGGCGCCGACCGCAUCCUCUACAAGCUGCUCGUCCAGGUUCCCCCGGCGGCUCCGAGCCUCUACGUCAGCGGCAGCACGUCGAGCAGCGUCGUUCUGCACUGGAAGGCCGGCGACACCGGAGGGGCGCCGCUCACCGGCUUCUCCCUGCACUUCCGGCCCACCAACGGCGACUGGGAGGAGCUUCAGUUGCCCCGAUACAUCAACUCACACGAGCUCAAGGAUCUGCGUUGCGGGAGCGAGUACCAGAUUUUCGUGACAGCUCACGGAACGGUGGGCAGCAGCGCGGCGUCGACGCAGGUGACGGUGCGCACGCAGGGCGGCGUCCCUGGGCGUCCUCCGUCCUCGGCCAACGCGCAGAUCGUGCAGGCAAACUCGACGUCGGCGCUGGUGCGGCUGCACAACUGGCCGGACGGCGGCUGCCCGCUCACCAAGUUCGAAAUCUUCUACAGGCAGGCCGGCUCCGACCACUGGAACACCGUGGCCACCAACUCGCAGCACCUGCAGCGAAGACACUCGAUUCAGGGGCUGUCAGCGGCCACCAUGUACGACCUGAAGGUGGUCGCUUUCAACAUGGCCGGCUUCUCGUCCAACGAAUUUCAAUUCACGACGUUAACGAUCGAAGGAGAAACUGCGUCUCCUGAGCUGAUCCAGAGGAACAUGGGCCAAAAACCGUUCUACACCGAGAUGAAAAUCGUGCUUCCCCUGGUGGCCGCCUCGGUCGCCGUCGUCAGCGCGGCCGUCGCUUUCUGUCUUUGCUGGAAAAACAGCCGCUUUGACCAAUUCCUACCUUCCGCAGAAGGGUCGGUGCGUUCAGGGAAGGAGUGCGAGGAGGAGCGCGGCGACAACAAGCACAACUCGGAGCAGCAGCGGGAGCAGUACUACGCGACCAUCCACAAGGCGGGGCUGCAGGCGGCCGCCGACAAGAUCCCGGAGAGCGCCGAGGACAUUUCGCCGUACGCCACCUUCCACCUGGCCGAGACGGUGCCGAGACACGCGCAACCCUCGCCCGGCAGCCUCCUCCACUCGUUCAUCUACCACGAACAGGCCACCACCGAGGGAUGCGCGUCGCCACCCUCACACUCGGUGUACGGGAAGAGGCGGCGUUCUGGCAGCAUCGCCGGCAACUCUGCCCGACUGACAAUCAAAGGCAAGAAGGGCUUCGACAGCGAAGAGUACAACAGCCCCUCCGACUCGGAUCCGGAGCAGAUCACUUCCAGCCGGACCGAGUCGUCCAAUCAGCUCGACGGUCGCCAAAGACCGACGCACAACUUCAUGUACCACGGAGCAGCGUCGAGUACGUCCUCGGAUUUGUCUCCGACGUGUGACCAGAAGUCGCUGCCGCGGAGGGGAAAAGGAAACAGACUGCAUAAGAUGAAAUUUGAGAUAGUUGAACCGGUGGGCCGGGGUGCCGACGCCCGGCGCGCGUCCCAGCACGCAGCAGCGGGCGGCGACGCCGUCGUCGGGCCUGCGGGCCGGCGGCAAUUUGAUGGCCGAGACGCCGUUCUACCAGAGCCUGCGGCCGCCGCCGCCGUACCCCUCCGAGCUGAGCGAGGCCGAAUGUGAUAUCGACACGCUGAAGAAGCUGAAGCUGCGCGCCUCCUCCUCCCUCUGGUCCAGGCCAGCCGGAAACGCCGCCGCCCCCGACGACUUCUCCAUCGCCGUCUGAUCCACCCCUGUGAUCCACCUGCCAACCCCCAAACCCUCGCGACCCCCGACGCCCCCGAAACGCGCUCGCUAGCUUCGUCUUUUUUUUGGGAAAAUUACAAGAAAGGGUCUCACGAUGGAAAAAAUCAACCCUUCGCAAUUUCAUCCCCUUUUCAACUCCUAUUUAUUAAAUUAAAUUAUUUAAACUCUCGGUGGGUGGUUUAUUUUAAUCAGAGGGAUGAGUUUUGUGUAUAUUCCAACCCCAUUUGUGAUUUAAUCCCUUUAAAAAACACCCCUCUGCUGGAAUUAUAUAUAUUAUGACUUCUAAAUCAAUCCCUAGAUAAUUUAGUCUCUGAAUUUAAGUAAAACGAGAAAAUCAUCUAAAGGGGUGGUUCACAGGGGAGGAAUUAGGGUGAUUUAAAAUUUUUUGGCAACUAUUUUGGAAGGAAAUGGUCAAUUUAUGAAAUUUACAACCAAACAAAAAUGCAUUUAGGGGUUGAUUUAGAGGGUGAUCAAGGGGUUGAAGGAAAAAUGGUUCGAUGAAACCCAUAAACUCCAGAUUGAAGUCUUGCCAACUUGUUUACAAUGAAUAAAAUCCAGAUUUACAAAAAUAGGGGUGGUUUUAGGGGUAGUUUUUUGCUAACGACUCAUCCAAAGGUAAAAAAAUUAAAAAUUCGAGGGUUGAAUUGAAAUUAAUAAAUAAGAAGACGAAGGUAGCGAGUGCGUGUCUCGAAGUGUGGACUACCCCCGUUUGCCACUGUCACCCCUCCGAAUUUCGAGUCUAUUUUGAGGCAGAUCAAAUCUAGCUUUGAUGCUCAAACUACGCAUACACACACUCACUCACACACUGUUCUUUGAAUAAACAUUUACAAAUGGAGCAAGUUCGCUAUUUGGUGCUCUCGAGGCGUUUUCUCGGGACGAAAAAACGACUAAUCGCGCCAAAUCCCUCGACGUAGCAGCCCCGAAUCAGAGAAAAGAAAGAAAUAAAUUUGUUUUGCCGUUUUUCAGUAGCCGAAAAAAACCGCGAGUAGUCCCUCCGACUCAUUUUUGGUUGCAGUUUUCCAACUCGGUGUGCAUAUUGGUGUCCUACAACUAAGUGUUCACAACUUAUACAAAACUAUUGAUACAAUGCGUUGCGGCAGCUAACAUCGGGAAAUAUUGCAAAAAAUAAGACUAUGUAAUUAUUAAGAAUAAAAAGUAAGGAACGCA